AUGGCCAAUGUGAUUGCGAUUGGGGGUUUGGUGCUAGCAUCAAUUGCUUUCCAUACAUACCGCUCGCCGGACGUGAAGUUUGGUCGUACUGAAUCAGUUGAACCUGAAAGUACGCCAACCAGAGGUCCUUCGCAGCGUUCAAUGGCUCCGCCGGCUUCAGCUUCUUCGGCGGCGCUGAGUUCAUACACCUAUCCCAUGAUAGGCCAGACAGCUUUUGGAACUCCGGCGUCUGGACCACAAGGGUCUCAGACGUACGGUCAGCAACCCUUUGGUCCGGUGCCUUCUCAAGGUGAGUCUUCUCGGUACUCGCAACAACAGCGGUCCGAGGUUCAACAACAAUCAUAUAGCCAGCAGCCAUAUGUGUAUUCUCAGCGGCCACCAAGUGCGGGCUUAGGCAUUGAAUUUCAGUCUAAUCGACCUGCCGCGGUCCGGCCUUCAGCUCUGUCUAAGGCAUCAGUCCAAGGUCCGAACAUUCCAGGCCUUCCUCCGCGUAAUCCGGGGGCCACCCCGGCACUCCGAGGGGACUACUCGGUUAGUGGUGGUAUUGGUGCCGAUCAUGCUCGCAGCGCUUCUCGCGCUAUGUCAAUUCGGAGCAGGGCAUCUUCAGAUGCGCGGACGGAAAGCAAUAGUCCAGAGUUGAGACAAUCAGUCGAGUUCGGUAAUCCUCAGCAGCCUCCAUGGACUGGUACAAGAUAGCCGCCUAGUACGCGAGGUCACCUCAGGAUUCUCCCUUACGUGGCAAUACACUAUAACGUGCUCCAGCUAUGGAAGUAAUUAGUCGGAGUCGCCAAUCCCCGGUGGGAGAAGACGAUAGACAUAGUACUUGGUGUAGAAAUGGAAUGAGGAAUAGUGUAAUAGCGUACUG